AUCAAACUGCAACUACCAUAAUGUCCCGUCUUUCUGACUACCGCCUCCUGACCUUCGAUGUCUACGGCACGCUGGUAGACUGGGAAACGGGGAUUCUCACCGCACUAUCCCCGCUUCUCUCCCGCAGCACCUUGAACUUCACACGGCAACAAACCCUAUCCAUAUACCAAGAGCACGAAAGCAAACAGCAAAUUCUCACUCCAGACAUGGCCUACUCCACCCUCCUAACAACCAUCCACCCCGCCCUAGCCAAGUCAUUCUCCGCGCCGCCCCCAACGGCAACCGACAGCGCCGCGUUCGGAGCUUCCAUCGGCACGUGGCCCGCCUUCCCCGACACAGUCAACGCCUUGAGCCGUCUCUCAAAGCGGUACAAGCUGGUUGUGCUGUCCAACGUGGACCGGGCCUCGUUCGCGAAGACCAACGAAGGCAGUCUGCAGGGGUUCCCAUUCGACUUGAUCAUCACGGCGGAGGAUAUCGGGUCAUAUAAGCCGAAUGUGCGAAACUUUGAGUACAUGCUGGGGGCUGUGGGGGAGAAGUUUGGAGUGGCGAAGGGCGAGGUGCUGCAGACGGCACAGAGCCAGUACCAUGAUCAUCAUCCGGCACGGAAGGUAGGAAUCAAGUCUGUGUGGAUUGAGAGGGAGGGAGGGACGAUGGGAAAUAUGGAGGAGAAGGUGUUCGAUUGGCGGUUUGGGACGUUACGGGAGAUGGCGGAUGCGGUGGAUGGCGUAUAGAUGGCAUUUUGCCGUGUGGGCAUUCCGAUAUUUCCCUUAUAAUCGGUAGGAAUAGGAUGCUGGUUUUCAGGACUGUAGAGAGAUCAAUACUU